CAAAACUCAUGAAGAAACUGUUUACGACCAAUAUAAAUUUGCACAGUGAUAAUCGUAGAUGCUUUCAGUUACAAAACUGCAGAUCUACAUAUGUUGCAGCGUUUGGUUUUAAUCAGUCAGUUGACAUAUUCGACCGUCAUGGUGUAAAAAAGCUGGAUCUCCCUCUACCAGGUGAAGCUGUCUCAAUGGCCUGGGACGCCGACGGUGACAACCUUGCAAUUAUUGAUGAUAAAACGUCAUCUGCUACAAUGUGGGACUCUAUUUCUUUCAAAAUUAGCCAGCUGCACACUGGAAUGAAAGACCACCUAAGCGUUAUUUCAUGGUCUAAAGUGGGCAGUCGUUUAGUCAUUGGGACAAAUAAGGGUAAUCUGGUUAUAUAUAAUCACAAAACCCUAAAGAAAAUAUCGCUUCUUGGGAAGCAUACCAGAAAAAUAACUUGCGCAGUAUGGAAUAGAAAGAACAUUUUGGCAUUAGCGAGUGAGGACAAAAGCAUUACAGUGAAUUCUGUCGAUGGUGACUUAAUAAAGCACGUAGUAAUACACGAUCAACCAUCUAAUUUGGAAUUCGGUCAAAUGAAAGUUCAGGAUUCCUCUAAAACUCAAGAAAACACAGUCAGUUGUAUUGUUGGAAAGAAGCAACUUUUCUUAUUAAAUCUUGACGAUAUGGAUAAUCCACUUGAGUUAGCCUUUCGUCAAGCAUAUGGUGAUUUAAUCGCCUACCAGUGGUUUGGAGAUGGUUAUAUAAUGGUCGGUUUUUCAAAUGGUUAUUUUGUUGUGGUAUCAACACAGUCGAGUGAAAUAGGAAAGGAAAUCUAUCAAAUUCGUGAUCAUAAAGAUGGUUUACACGAUAUUUCAGUGUCGACAGUUUUAAAUCGAUGUGCAACUGUAGGUGAUCGUUGCGUAAAAAUUCAUGACCUACAAAACGUUCGUGAACUAACUGCCAUCAUUGAAUUAGAAGAAGAAAAUGAUGAUGAAUUAACAAAUAAAUCGAAGCAUAUCAGCAAUAAUUUAUUCCAGUGUCAACUUCAAUGGUCAGAUGAUGGACAGUUAAUGGCGAUUUCAACACCACAAAAACUACUACACGUGUUUCUGAGUCAAUUACCAAUGCUAGCGGCUUUAUCACCACCAAACAGUACUGGUCUGAUGGCUCGAUUAACUUCUUUGCUGGAAGUCACUGUUGAACCUAUACCAUGUAUGAAGAUAAACAAUUUACCUGAGAUAUAUCGUGAUUCAUACGUUUUAAAGAUUGAAAUUGAACCAACAUUUAUUGGCAUGGGACAGACAUGCUUAGCUGUUGGAAUAAACAAUCAUGCCUGGUUCUAUGAAUUGACUAAUUCAGAUAUUGUCUUGAGAUCGGAGUAUGAUUAUUUAACUUCUGUGGAUAGAAUCAGUUUAAAUGAAAAUUAUGCAGCUGCUUGUGGACCAGACGGUAAACUUACACUACAUUGGAUUAAUCCUAAAACAUUUCCUGACAAAAUGAUGAAUACAUCCAAAAGACAGAAUGGACUGAAGAAUACUUCCGCCAGCGAUAGCGUCAAAGUAUCACGUGAAUCUUGUAUUUUUCCACAAUCAACUUCAGAUGAUGCAAAGAUUACAUCAUUUAAGUUAACAAGUGAUUUUCUUAUUUAUUCAACAAAUCAAGGGAAAUUAUUUCAUUUCAAUAUAUCCGAUUGGAAUUUCGCUAACAGUUAUCAGCAUAACUGUGCAAUAUUGCAUAUUUUCCCGAAUUCAACUGGAACGCGAGUGGCAUUCAUUGAUGAUAAAGCUAUGGCUUUUAUUCAUAAUCCAGUCAAUGAUCAACUUAUCGAGAUUCCUGAAUUUUGUCCUUCAGUGACGAAUAUUUUAUGGGAUUUAAAAGAUACGGAAAAUCCUUUAAUUAUCGCUUACGAUAAUCUACGUAUAAGUGUAUACCGUUACUUUAUGAAUGAAUGUGUACUGAUUAAAUCGUCAAUAUCUGAUAGUCAACAGAAGAAUAAUAUAAUGCCGUCAAGUAAACAGAGUGUAAAUAACCUGCCUAAAAGUUCAACUACAACUAUUGAUGGUACCGGUGAUUUUAUAAAUAUUGGUGUUAAUGGCGGUAACAGUACGGGUACAACAGUUUCCACCACUACGAAUCAACCUGAUUCAAAUGAACUAGUCACUGGAGCUACUUUUGGAAAAUGCCAUUUAGUUGGAGUUACACGUCUACCCUAUGGUCACUUACCGCUAUGCGUUAUCAAUGGUGAAUUGUGUAUGCUUAGCCCAACUGGACGUUUAUUUCACCAACCGCUGACAACUCAUCAAUUUCGAGUCUAUGUUGAAAACACAAAGUAUCAUAAUAAUAAUAGUUCACAAAGGCGUUCUGCUAAAAAAGAUACUGAAGGAACAGGAUUAAAAAAACUGUCAUAUCAAGAAAUGCUUACCUAUUUUGAACAAGCUUUAAAAGCUGGUUGCUUUGAGGAUGCAGAGAUAUUUGCCAAGCAAUUAGAUUCACAUCAUAUAUGGAAUCUAUUGGGCAUGAGUUGUUUACGUGUAAUGAAGUUCGAUAUGGCUGUUAGAUGUUUCCGAUCACUUCAAGAUCCUGGCCUUGUCCUGGCUGUACAAAGAAUUCAAAACAUCGAGGAUCGAUUGCUAUUAGCAGGUUAUGUUGCAAUGAUUCUAAAAGAAUUCAAUGUUGCACAAGAAUUAUUUCUGGCCUCUUCUGAACCGAUAGCUGCUUUAGAAAUGAGACGAGAUCUUUUACAUUGGGAAGAUGCACUUCAACUGGCACGGAAUUUAGCACCACAAGAAAUACCAUUUAUAUGCCGUGAAUAUGCUACAGAAAUGGAGUGUACUGGAGAUUAUGUCAAUGCAUUAAUGCAUUAUGAACGUGCUCUCAAUCCAUCAUCUGAUAUCAACGGGGAAGAUGCAUCCUUAUGGAAUAUUAAACAGAAAAGCUGUGCACCAAGAAGGUACAAUGAAGAUGAUGCUGAAGAUAAUGAUGAAUGGACGAAGCACAUCAGUUUAUGUAAUGCUGGUAUCGCUAGAAAUGCUAUUCGUCUUGGUGAUUUAAAAAGGGGUAUUGAGCUGUCGUCGAAAAGUGGAAACCCUAAUCUACAAAAAGAAUGUGCUGACAUUCUGGAACAAUACAAACAAUGGCAAGAAGCAGCUAAUCUAUACGAAUUAGCUGGAUGUUAUGAAUCAGCGGUGAUUGUAAAUCUCAAGUGUAAAAAUUACAAAAAAGCCGGUGAACUUCUUAUGUACGUAACAAAUGCACCAAGAUUACAUUUACAAUAUGCAAAGGCACGUGAAGCUGAUGGUGCCUAUAAAGAAGCUGUAACUGCUUAUGAGGCAGCUAAUGAUAUGGUUUCAGUAAUUAGAUUACAACUGGAAAAACUGAAUAAUCCAGAGGAAGCUAUACGCAUACUACAUAAAACGCAUAGUAUAGAAGGUGCUAAAAUGAUUGCUCAAUAUUUUAUACAAAUUGGUGAUCAAGCCAAGGCAAUUCAAUUUCUUGUUAUGUCUAAAUGCUUAGAUGCUGCAUUCGAUAUUGCAAGAAAGCAUAAAAAGAUGGAAUUAUAUGCAGAAGCUAUUGGUUCCAAUGCCUCCGUCAGUGAGUAUCAAAGCAUUGCAUGCUAUUUUGAAAAUGAGAAAAAUUGGUUUUUGGCGGGAAAAUACUACCUAUUGGCUAAACAGUAUGAAAAGGCUAUUAAACAUCUGCUUCAUGUGCCAUACACAGAAAAUAGUCCAGCAUUAGACUUAGCCCUAGAAGCAGUUGGACUAGCUGGUGACAGCCGCCUUACACAUUUGGUCAUUGUGUAUCUAAUGGGUGAAACAGACGGUGUAGCAAAAGAUGCUAGACACUUGUUUCGUUUAUAUAUGGUUUUAAAACAAUAUAAAGAGGCGGCUAGAACAGCAGUGAUUAUAGCUAGAGAAGAACAAACCAAUGGGAAUUAUCGUAGUGCACAUGACCUACUAUUCAGUAUGGUACAGGAGUUAAGGCAAAGAAAUAUUCGUGUUCCAUCGGAAAUGUCAGAGAACUUGGCGUUGUUGCAUUCUUAUAUACUUGCAAAGGUACAUGUGAAAAAUGGUGAUCACCUACGUGGGGCUAGAAUGUUAAUCAGAGUGUCGGAAAGUAUCAGUAAAUUUCCAUCUCAUGUUGUCCCUAUUCUCACAAGUACUGUGAUUGAAUGUCAAAAAGCUGGUUUGAAAUCAGCCAGUUUUAGUUAUGCUGCAAUGCUAUUACGUCCAGAAUAUCGUGAUAAACUAGAUGUUAAAUAUCACCGUAAAUUUGAAACGCUUGUACGUAGACGUGAUUUAAAAUCGGAUGGAGGCGGGGAUCAGUUGAAUAAUUCAUUAAACCAGUCAACUAGUAGUCCUACAGUUGAAACGUCUACACCAUGUCCAUCGUGUGGAUCUCCGUUAUUGGAGACUAGUUUAUACUGUACUGAAUGUCGAAAUACUAUACCAUAUUGUGUGAUUACAGGUUAUCACGUUGUUAAAAAUGAUUUUGCCGUAUGUCCUGGAUGCCAGUUUCCUACACUGUACAGCGAACUAAUGAGAUAUGUCGAAAAUUGUUCAAAUCCAGUGUGUCCAAUGUGUAAUAAAACUUUAUCACGUGAUAGUAUUAGACGUUUAAUCGACUCUAGUGGUGUUUUAAAUCAGUGGAUUAGUUCAUUGAAUGCUGAUUUAUUAGAAAAUGAAGUGAACAACGAUGUGAUUGAAAACAGUGGAAAUUCUUAA